ACACAGGAGUACAAUAUGGCGCUCGUGAGUCUGUUCCUCCUUUUGUUGGCGGUGCACCGGUCCGCUUCCCUGUCCAUCGCCUGUCUGGUGAGCCCCGGGUCCCUCACCAACCCGUGCCCCGCGCCUCCCACCGACUGUGAGCUGGUCACCAGCAUGUGUGGCUGUCAGGUGUGCGCCGGCCUGGAGGGGGAGUCCUGCGGAAACGGUCACCCGGGGUGUGCUAGCGGCCUAACGUGUGUGUUCCCCACCUGCGAGGAGACCGUGCAGGAGUAUGUCCAACCUGACGGGACCGUCCUCCAGGCCAUCUCGCCCUGCCUGUGGACCUGGCGCCCGGGAACCUGCCAGACCCGCUCCGCUUAACGGUUAGGCAUACAGCAUGAGGGAACGCGCUGCUUACUGGAAGAACCCGGAGAGAAAGAAGACUGGCGUUCGGUUUUAAUAAAUCUGCUCAUAGCGCCGGUGAUGACGUUUUCUUAAGAGUAGCAGUUCUUGCUUUAGCCUCGAGCGUUACCAUUCUCCACA